AGACUUGACUCUUUAAAACCUGACGCUGCUCGUGUCUGCAGGGACAGUUGAGCUGUGAUCGUGUUGGGAAGCAGCAGCAGCUCCUCUAUCACUCUGAAUUUCUCACUGAAGAACAUUUUCACUCAAAGCUGCAGAGAAGUACUGUACUGCCUCCUCAGACCCUCCUGGAAAAGUGUUUUAACCCUCAGCAGUCUGCAGCUCCGGCCUGAGGAUGGAGAAGUACGAGAAGAUUGGGAAGAUCGGAGAGGGCUCUUACGGCGUCGUCUUCAAGUGCAGGAACAGAGACACGGGGCAGAUCGUCGCCAUCAAGAAGUUUGUGGAGUCAGAGGACGACCCAAUCAUCAAGAAGAUUGCUCUGAGGGAGAUCAGGAUGCUCAAGCAACUGAAACACGCCAACCUGGUGAAUCUCAUCGAGGUGUUUCGACGUAAGAGGAAGCUUCACCUGGUGUUCGAGUACUGCGACCACACGGUCCUCAACGAGCUGGACCGCCAUCCCAGAGGAGUCCCAGAGCACCUUGUGAGAAGUAUCACCUGGCAGACACUUCAAGCUGUCAACUUCUGUCACAAACAGAAUUGCAUUCACCGAGACGUCAAGCCGGAAAACAUUCUCAUCACCAAACACCAGGUCAUCAAACUGUGUGACUUUGGGUUCGCCCGGAUCCUCACUGGUCCCUGUGACUACUACACCGACUACGUGGCGACUCGUUGGUACCGGGCCCCUGAGCUGCUGGUGGGAGACACUCAGUACGGCCCUCCGGUGGACGUCUGGGCCAUCGGUUGUGUGUUCGCUGAGCUGCUGUCGGGGAUCCCUCUGUGGCCCGGGAAGUCUGACAUGGACCAGCUGUACCUGAUCAGAAAGACUCUCGGAGAUCUGAUCCCUCGACACCAGCAGGUCUUCAGUAACAACCAGUUCUUCUGUGGAGUUUCAAUCCCAGAGCCUCAAGAGAUGGAACCUUUGGAGCAGAAAUAUCCAAAUCUCUCACAUCAAGCUCUGAGUCUCAUGAAGGGUUGUCUGAGGAUGGACCCGUCCGAGCGGCUGACCUGCGAGCAGCUCCUCCAACAUCCGUACUUCGACAGCCUGCGAGAAAAGAGCGAGAGCACCUCUCGAGAGCAGGACCGCUCCAGCAACAAGAGGACACGUUUACCUCGCAAGCACCUUCCCCCCGGGUAUUUGCCACAGCUGACCAGCAGCAGCAUCUUUCCAGCUUUGGACAAUAAAAAAUAUUACAACAACCUCCGCAAGUUUAACUACCACCUACCGAACAUCUGAGACCUCCAACAGCAUCGACGAGCAGAAUUUUCUGAAAAACUCAGGAAAUGAAGCGGAUUCUGGCAGUUUUUGUCUCUUGAUGCUGAUGUCAGUCUAUGCACUAUUCCCCAACAUGUGGACUGUUGGUUUAUGUCUGUUGCCUACCUUUCAAGCUGAUUUGUAUUUUGUAUAGAUGUUUAAAGACAAGGAGCGACGUGCUGCUCUGCCCGCUCAGUAGACUGAAGGUUUCUCUGCUGCCUUGCCUGGUUUGCCAAAUGUUUUGUUUUUUUUAAACAAUGGACUCUUCAAAAAGAGUGACAUGUUUUUUGUAGCUAAUUUUAAGUCUCAAGUUAAGUUAUAAUGUAGGACACAAACUUUGACUCUUGAGCAUUUCUGAAACUAUUUAUUGAAGUCAGGAGUGAAUAUUCCUUUAACCCACAUUUACUAGCAUGAAGCAGCAACAAAACACACAUUGUACUCAUUAUCUGUGGAACUUUGGUGCUAAGGAUGUUCACAGCCAUCUGUCUGUCCUCAGAUACUGAACAAAUGCCAAAUUAAUCUAAAGAGAAGUGGUUUUAAAGACUCUUGUAUCCUUUUAAUUUUCACACAUUGUUUUUUUCUCUUUGUAUAUAUGAAAUAACCUUUAAUACCUUCAAUAUUGAGAAUAUAAUAAACAGAAUAGAUCAACAUAUCAACAAAAACUUGUGUCAACAA